AUGACCAAUUCUUUCUUUUAUUUACUUUCAUUUUCAUUUAUUCACAAAUCUAUCUAUCUAUCUAUCUAUCUAUCUAUCUAUCUAUCUAUCUAUCUAUCUAUCUAUCUUAGUCUGUUUAUAUCUAUCUAUCUAUCUAUCUAUCUAUCUAUCUAUCUAUCUAUCUAUCUAUCUAUCUAUCUAUCUAUCUAUCAGGAAACCUUCUUAGCCCAACAUGGCAUGUCACCACGGCACGCUCUUUUAAGUUAUGUAUAUCUAGCGUCACUCUUUCACAGACGCGCCGUCGCCUCUCUCUGUCUUUUCUACAAAUACUUUCAUGUUUCUUUCUUUUGUAUUUUCUUAUCUAUCUAUCUAUCUAUCUAUCUAUCUAUCUAUCUAUCUAUCUAUCUAUCUAUCUAUCUAUCUAUCCCAGUCUGUUCAUACCUACCUACCUACCUCCCAACUUACUUCUCUAUCUACCUACCAAGUCUCUUAUCAAGUCUCUUCAUAUCUAUCUAUCUAUCUAUCUAUCUAUGUAUCUAUCUAUCUAUCUAUCUAUCUAUCUAUCUCUUUAUCUAUCUAAGACUCUUCAGUAUCUAUCUAUCUAUCUAUCUAUCUAUCUAUCUAUCUUCUAUCUAUUUAUAUGAUUCUUGGUUUCUAUCUAUCUAUCUAUCUAUCUAUCUAUCUAUCUAUCUAUCUAUCUAUCUAUCCCAAUGUUCUAUUCAUACCUACCUACCUACCUACCUACCUACCUACCUCCCAACUUACUCCUCUAUCUACCUACCAAGUCUCUUAUCAAGUCUCUUCAUAUCUAUCUAUCUAUCUAUCUAUCUAUCUAUCUAUCUAUCUAUCUAUCUCAGACUCUUCAGUAUCUAUCUAUCUAUCUAUCUAUCUAUCUAUCUAUCUAUCUAUCUAUCUAUGUUCAUAUCUAUAUAUCUAUCUCAUCAUAUAUAUGAAUGGAUCUAG